AUGUCUCCACUCUUAUUAGAAUUUCAAAAUAAAACUCGUCAUAAUAAUUUAUAUCAAUAUAGGCACAACUCUUCGCCGCCACAUUUCAUAAAAGAUAGCAAUAUCAAUGCACAACCUUCUUUUCUUUCUAUUCCCUCAUUUUCUACAUUUGAGGAUGAAAUUCACGCCGAAAAUGAACUAAUCUCACUUUCUCCUACAGAGUCUGUGCCACUUAUAGAGCGGCCCAACACGCCAAACUAUACACGCAUGACUACACACUUGUCUCAAUUGGAGCCGGAUACCACUUCUUUAUGGGGAUGGAUGCUUUUAUUCGCCACUUUCAUGAUGUUUGUAUCAAGCAUGUAUGCAAUUGUGUUUAGCAAGUUUGUACCAGAAACUGGGAAUAGAACACUUGAUUGGAUAAAGAGAGAUGAGUAUUAUUGCUUGCUUUUGCCAAUUACUUUGUCAGUUACUGUUUAUGCUGUAUUUUGGAAUUGGAUGGGUAUGAAAUUUUUUAGACAUAAUUAG